CCUCUCCUCUCUCCGAGCUCGUAUGUUGUGAUUUUCUCACCUUUUAUCCUUUAUCUUUGAGAAGAUGAGGAAGCCUGUAAAAGAAACAUCUUCUUCUGAUGAAACUGAAGAACUGAAUGUUCAACAGCCGGAACAGCCUGAAAGUUUCGGAUCCAAAAGAGUUCAUAAAUCUGAGCAAAUUGGAAGUGGAAAAGAGAUGGUAGAUGUUCGAGGGGAGACCUAAGUUAUGGCUUCUUCUUACCACCAACCAAAGGGAGGAGGUCAGAAGAUUCAGCUGGGAGAACAUAUGAGGAAACUGAGAGUUCAAUUUGACGAUCUAAAGAAUACAAAGGAAGAGUUGGUACAGGAGAACGAGAGUUUUAAAUCUGAGAUUACUGCUCUGGAGCAGAAGAUAGAGAGACUAAGAAAGUUAAAGGAGAAUAUGCCAAUGGACAUUGACAGUCCAAAGGACAUGGACAGUUUGGUGGAUCCUAUGGAAAUAGAUCUUCCUGAAGGGAAGGUAUGACAAUGUACAUUUUCAUUGCUUGUGGAUGGAAAUAAAAUUAUCUCCAACCUAAGCUCUCUACCUAUCAAUUCUUAGUUUUCUGUUUCUGGCAUUGCAGAAGAAUAUGUUGAUGGACUUGAGAUUUAGCUGACUACCUUUUUUUAUGGAGUGUGAUACUUCUUAUUUGAUGUGCAUCUUUUAUUGUUUAUAAAUGGAAAUAAAUUAUCUGAAAUGUU